AUGUCGACUAACCAAUUUCAAGCUGCAAUCACUUCAAAUUUAAUUUCAUCACAAGUUAUCAAUGAUGAAAAGGUACACAAAUCACAACCUUUACGACCAGAUGAUGAAGAUGAAGAUGAUCUUGAUGAUUUGGUAAAUGGGGGUUGGGAAGAUGAUUUUACAGAUGAAGGGGAGGAAGAUGUUGAAGAUAUGAAAGAAUGGGAAAAGUUAGAGUUCUUAUGGCAAAUAAGCAAACAAAAGUCGAUUUCCCUAAUCAGUAAUCAUUCAAACGGUCGUGAAAAUGGAAAGGUUGUCGACCAUGAUGAAGGAGCUCCUCCAAUUAAUCCCCCCGCCGAGAGAAACGAAAAGAGUACGGAAGAGAAUGGAAAUAGCGAGAUCAAGACUGAUGAGACCUCAUCAACUUCGAUCAUAACUAUAUCUUCGGUUAAUAAUAUUAAUCGACCUUCUCUAUCGAUUCCAAAAUUAAAUAUUGAAAAUAAAAAGAGAAAAGCAUCGGAGAAUGAUGAUGAUGAAAUCGACAUAUCCAUGAUCCUUCGGAAAACUAAAAAACAAAAGGAUGGUGAUCUUGAAACCUCCAAGAUACCAAAAUCAUCCCCGAAUGACAAUUUAGAUUAA